AUGGCAUCAGGACAGAGGCCAAGCUGCUCCGCGAGGGCUUCAUCAUCUGUAGGAGAUCCGAUCUCACCACUAGAUGACCUCAGCAUCGCAUGCACUAAUGAGAUCUGUGAAAGGAUCCUGGCUCUGUAUCUCUCUGAAGAGGGUGUCAGACCUGGAGGAGAGACAAGUUCAAGACAAUCACUAAAGUCCCACCAGGAGGUCAAUGGAAUAAUGAAAGGCUUGGAAGAAGUUGACCCCAGCAGGUCCUCUUCCUGGUCUACUGUAAAGAUCUUGAUCUCUGAGAUUGUGUCCAACAUGCCUACUGAUGGUGCUUUAUCAGCUCCUCAGGGUGAGAGACCUUUCAGUGAUCAGUUCAUGAGCAAAGCAACACAAGUGGUCAGUGAAGUUCUUCAGAAAACGGAACAAAAACUCGCUGCCUCAGUGUUGCCCCAAACCUCCAUCCAUGCCUCCAGUGAGACAGAACUGAAUUUCCUGAUGGACCUGGUCAGGAGCUCCGUCGCCUUAGAGAACAUUCAGUCUACCGCUGCUGGACAGUUCCUCAAUAAUGAUAUCCUGGUGAAGAAGUUAUCUUCAUACUUUUCCACAGGUUUAAUUAGCGAGAAAGGCUCUAGAUCCAGCAGAGCAUCGUCAUUGAGGUCGUCAGUAGAUCUGGAUCGAGUGGCUUUUGAUAUCAUAAAGAGUGUGAUCAAUGGAGCAGCUCUGGACUUUGGACUGUUUGAUGUGGAAAACGGAAUGGAAGCUUGGGUAGGUGAAGCUCAGGUCAGUGAUGCUGAUGCUCACUCAGCUCCCUACUCAAUGAGCUCCUCAGGCUUUUCCUCAAAACUCCAAAGUCUCUUUGCUCUUGAAGAUCAAAAGAGUGUGCAGCAGGUUAUAGAUGCAGACAGGAAGCCUCUGCCUUCAGCCCAAAACAGGCCAUACGUUUCUUGCCACAUUCUCAAUGUGGUGCGUGAUCGGCUGAAGGCUUUCUUUAUUUCCUCAACUACAAGUGCUGCUGAUGAUAAACGGACAGAUGCAUCAGUGAGCGAUGGGGAUCGUGUUGUUCCCAUCCACAUCUGUGACAAUGGCAUGGUUCAUGAGCUAACAGAGCCGGACAACCUUUCUCCAGAGGAGAUGAUACGGCAACGAGCGCAUGACAUGACAGACACUAUUGCAAAUCUCCUCCUGAGGAACGUGGCUAAAACAAGAAAUGUUGUCCGGAGUGCAUCUGAUUCUGCUCUAGAUAGAGGGAACAGCUCGGUACAAUUCACCCAGUUUCCUUAUGAGCUGGUUUACAUGUUUGUAGAGCAGUCCACCAAAACCUUAGUGCAGAAUGUGCUAAAUGCUGGGUUUAGUGGGGAUACCGAAAUACAGGAAAGCUGCUCCAUGAACAAAUCAAUCAACUGUGCAUCUACUCCAGCACUCUGGGAUCAUGAAACUUCCUUGAUGUGGUCUCUGAAAAAUUUGUACUCCAAGUCUUCUCAGCAGGUAUCAGCAGGUUCUUCCAGCUUGUUUCCUCGUGCUGCCGUGGAGGAGAAUCUGGAACAUCAGAACGUCAUUGAUGAGCAGAACCAACCUGGCCCGAGCUCUCACGUUCAAGGAAGCGAUGGAGGCUCCUUAUAUUCAGCAGCUGAGAAUCAGGAGAGGAAAAGGCAGCUUGGAUUUCGCUUCAUUGUGAAGAAGAAAACGGUUGUGAUCAGACGUCCCGUUAAGCGUCAGAGGAAGCAGAAGAACCGGCGCAGAUCCAGAGUUCCUGUGCAACGCGUCGUCCAGCCGAGCAUGUCCAACCCUACAGCUGUCCACUACGCUUCAGACGCACAAUCGAGGACCUCGCGGGCGCUCUUCAAGAACACUCGCAGAACGCUGAGCAGGAUCUUCUCCAACAUCUUUAAGACCUUCACCUGCUGCUUUAUCCCUGACACCGCUCUGUAA